AUGGGAUGCGUGGCCAAUUUAAGCUCAGUCUCGUUAUGGGGCAUGACCGCCAUUACUGAUUCUGGUGUUGUUCAACUGAUAUCAAGAACUUCUUCCUUGCAACACCUUAACAUAGGAGGAACGUUCAUCACCGAUGAGUCUCUCUUCGCUAUUGCAGAACACUGCCAUCAUCUUAAGACAAUCAGUAUGUGGUGUUGCCGCCAUGUGACAGAGAAUGGCCUUCUUGUUCUUGUUAACAAAUGCACAAAACUGGAAUCCAUCAACCUAUGGGGAACUAGGAUUCCUGUGGAUUGCUUCAUUGCUUUACUUACCAUCAGUCCUGCACUUCAGAUCAAACCCAUUCAAUCGCUCCUCAAUGCUCAGAAUCCACCACCAUUGUUGCAUGCUGCUUAG